UCGGAUCAGAGGUCUAGGCUGUGCGUCGUCGCCGUUCAUGUGGGUAGCUAGAUACGGAGUGCUGGGUAGACACUGCGUAGACGUGAUGUUUUCGGCGUUUGUUUUCGUUGCGUGCGGGUGGGCGAGAUGCGAUUCUACCCCGCCUGGUGCCGCUUGCCUAGGUAGGUUUGUUUCUCAUUCAUCCGGUUCGGCAAAGUUGCGAGAGCGCAUGACCCGGGUUGUGUGUGUUUGCAUCACGUGUGAGAGUGAGAGUGAAAGAAGGGAAAAAAAAAAGUCUUGGCCGAAUUGAUCACGGAGGGCGCGGCGGCCAGACAGGCCAGACAGACACACGGACCUCGCCUCGCUCUCCACCCAAUCCUUAUUCUCUCACUAUUUCCUUUUUGCGCCGUCGCCGCAAAACAACGCGCCCGCCGCAACGAUGCAAUGCACCACCGCCGCCGCCUCGUAUCUCGCUCGCCCUACCCGCCGCGCCCGAUACGAAGCACAUAGCCGGG